AUGUGCGGGAUCAGCUGCGGGCCCUGCUGCGGACGGGCUCAGAGCUUCCCCUUUCGGAACCUGUGUGUUUGGAGAUGUUGGAGGAGACCAAGGAGGAGGACACCCAGGAGGAAGAGACAUGAGGAAGAUGUGGAGUCUCUGCACAGCCUUGAGGAGACUGUGCCCAAGACAACCAAGGAAGAUGUGGAGAGUCCAGAGCACAUUGACCAGAAUCCAGAGCACGCUGAGCAGACUGUAAGCAAGACAAGAGAGGAAGAUGCUGAGGGUCGAGAGCACGUAGAUGAGACUACAAGUGAGAUAAGAGAGGAAGAUGCAGAGACUCCUGAGCACAUUGAGAACACUCUCAGCAAGAUAACAGAGGAAGAGAUGGAGACUCCAGAGUGCAUUGAGAAGAGUCUAAGCAAGGCAACAGAGGAAGACACCAAGACUGCAGAGUGCAUAGAGGAGACUCCAGACAAGCCAGCUGAAGAAGACAUGGAGACUCCACAGAGCCUGGAAGACAAUGUGAGGAACCAACCUGGGAAAGAUGUGGAGGUUCCACAGAGCAUUCAAGAGAGCACAACUGAGGAUGGAGCUGAAGACGCACAAGAAGGAGCUGUUGACUGUGACACCCUGAGAAGAGCGCAGAUCCAGCAGACUGAGGGUGAAGGAGCAAGAUGGCUCGGGGCUGAAGGAGACCAGUUACCUGCAGAACACGCUGUCAGCCCGGACGAGACGUGCAAAAGCAGGGCCCUGAAAGCUGCAACUUUGGAAAAGCUGGUGGAGACGCUUCCAAUGGCGUUUGCGGAUAAUGACUUUACAUACAUCAACACCUUCCUCUCAACGUACAGGGCCUUUGCUUCCACCAGCACAGUCCUGGAGCUGCUCCUGGACAGAUACGGAAACCUGGAGAUCUCGGGCUCUGAAGAGCGUGGAAGCCAGAAUUCCCCCGGAUCCAGCACAGUGCUCAGGACUGCGAUCGCAUCGAUUUUACAAGCCUGGCUCGACCAAUGUGCCGAGGAUUUCCAAGAGCCGCCCGACUACGUGUGUCUGCUGAAGGUGCUGAGUUAUCUGAAGAAGAACAUGCCCGGCUCUGACCCGGAGAAGAGGGUGCAGAACCUCCUGGAGCAGUUCCAGAAAGAACAACUGGAGAAUGAUGACGCGUUCCACAGCCUUUCUCCCUGCAACCUGGAUGAGGAAGAGGAACUGGAGAUCAGCGGUGCACAGGAAUUCUCAUUGUUCCAAGAAGAGCUGGUGGCAGAACAGCUGACGUACAUGGACGCGACACUCUUCAAGAACGUUGUGCCCCACCACUGCCUGGGCUGCAUCUGGUCCCGCAGGGACAAGCAAGAGAACAAACACCUGGCACAGAGCAUCAGAGCCACCAUCUCGCAGUUCAACGCCGUCACCAACUGCGUGGUCAGCACCGUCCUGGACAGCAGAGAAUUAAAGACACGGCAACGAGCGAAGACCUUGGAGAAGUGGAUCCGUAUCGCACGUCAAUGUAGGAUCCUGAACAACUUUUCGUCUUUGAAGGCCAUUGUUUCCGCACUGCAGUCCACCUCCGUUUAUCGCCUGAAGAAGACCUGGGCCUGCGUUCCAAAGGACACAAUGCUGAUGUUCGAAGAGCUCUCAGAAAUCUUCUCCGACUGUGACAACUUUGCGACGAGCAGGGAGCUGCUGCUGAAGGGAGUCACCCAAGGCACGGUACCUUACCUGGGUACCUUCCUCACAGACCUCGUCAUGCUGGACACAGCCCUUCAGGACUAUCUCGAGGGCGGCCUGAUCAACUUUGAGAAGCGGCGAAGGGUGAGUGGAACGUUGACUGUUCUGUGGUCGUUAGUUGCUGACGCUCUCUGCUAGAGCGUUCUCUUGGCGAGGCCUGUUGUCUUUGCUCGGGCGUAUCCAACAGCCGCUCACGUUACUGCAGAUGGUGAGUGUGAGUGUGAGCGCACGACGUGCAGAGCCGGGGAGGAUCAGGCUCUGCUGUCAUCACAGGCACCUCUAGUUAUGUCCCUCGCUUAGUGCCUGAGAACCAGCUCCGUACAGAGCGGGAUUCCUCUCUCGGCGCCGC